AUGUUAUUGACGGCGCAACAAGCUCUGAUACCUGCGAGCAAACUGAGCCGUAAAAUAACUUUGGAUGGCCAAAGUUUUACUAGUGUGAGGCCGAUCAUAAAACAUGCGGACAAUGAGGCCGCCUUCACGCUUGCAGAGUCCUACACAGGUGUCUAUACGCCCUACAAUGCGAAAUCAUCACACCAAGAGAGUCGGGCACUAGAUACCAUCAAUCAAGAGCUGUUCAGGGCCAUUAUUGGUGCAGCAGCUGCAGAAAGCCGUGACUUUGCUAUACAAGUAGAUGGCUGCAAGGGGAUUUUAUUGUGGUCAAGUUCAAGGUUUGCAGAUCUCCACAAAAAUGUACGGUGGAAACUACCAAAGAUAUUCGGGUGGUACCAAGCGAUGUCCAUUGCGAAACGAGUUCAACGCCAAGUAAUGGGACAGCGAGAGCAUCUAACAAUAUUGUAUCUUGGGGUCCUGCCUCAAGAACGCAACAAGGGUUAUGGUUCCGCUCUACUUGAGCAUGUGCUUAGAAAAGCAGAUGAGGCAGGCUUGCCAGUGUAUGCAGAGGUUACAAAUCCAGCCGCCGCGGGUCUACUUGAUCGUUUUGACUUUGUGGAAAGAGCUGUAAACCAGCUUGACAAGCGUUUACAAAUGCAUAUAAUGGUCCGUGAGCCAAAAUAUAGCGGAUCUGUUUCAAAGAGCCUCGAAAUCCGACCCGGACGACGGUGUUCUGCUGAAUCGUCCAGCGGAAUUUAG